GCGAAUCAGGUGGCCGUUGCUUAGUAACAACCCAGGCUACCGGCUGUAGCUCCUCCCCUUGCAGUGACGUCACUUACCAGGAAGGCGCGCUUUAUUGUAUGUUGCUGCAGAAGCCGGGGAGGUGGCACAGUCAUCACAGUAGAAUUUGUUGCUAAGAUGAUGGAUCCACUGGAAAAUGAUCUUUUCGACCUGCCAGAUUAUGAACACACAGAAGAUGAACGUUUCUCUCCUUUACCACCACCACGUUCUCCUGGGGCAGGAGACAGUGACAACGAGGACUUGGCUAAUGGAGAUGACUGGACUAAAAACAUGGGGCAGACACAACCAGAAGAAGCACCAAAGCCUGUCAGGCGGGCCGUAAAGAGACCACAGCCUAAGCUAGAUGCUCAGCGGCUGACUUCACAACGUGGUUUACCUGCCUUAAGGAAUCUGUUUGAUGGCACAAAAUUCAAAGGCAAGGGGCAUGAGGCCGAGGAUUUGAAGGUUCUCAUCAGGCAGAUGGAGAAUUGGGCGCACAGACUUUUUCCUAAGCUGCAGUUUGAAGACUUUCUUGGUCGACUGGAAACUCUAGGGAAUAAGAAAGAAGUGCAAACUUGCUUAAAAAGAAUACGAAUGGAUCUGCCUAUUGUGCAUGAAGAUUUUAUGGGUGAAGAAGUUGUUAUUCAGAAGGAGGAGGAUGGUCUGGACUUUGGCUCUGAAGAAUUUUCUGCGCUCCCAGAGUCUUCUCCUCCAUCUUGUUCUCAGACGAAGGCAAUUGAACUUAGUGAGGAGACGCUUCAGAGGAUUGAAAGGAACAGGCGCUUGGCUAUGGAGAAGAGAAUGCAGAAAAUGCAGGCCCAAGCCGACAGUCAAGCAUUGGAUUCUACACCAUCUCAGUCCCAGUCUACAGAUCCAGAUGAUAUUCCUGAUUUUGAUGCAGAUUUGUUGGAGGAAGUAGAUAGAGCAGUUGAGCGAAGCAGCCAGCCACAAGAGCCUUCAACUAGUCCUGAAGAAGAAGGUUCUACAGCACAGAGUGAGCUCUUCAAUGAAAGGCUUGAUGACUCCAAUGAGGCUGGAGAUUAAUGGCUAAUUGUAUAGAUUACCUGUUAAAAUAUUAUUCCAUGUUUGUAAUAAAGUGUUCUAUUUUACCAAGAUGAUGUAUUGUGCUGGGACUACAGCAUAAAGUGCUCAAGUGAUCUGUGUUAUAUAUGUUAAUAAACUAUUUUCAAUUGAGGGCUGUGUUCACAUGUUGCCGUUUUGUCACAUUUUCUGACAUUGCAACAAAUCUGCAGUAUUUUGUCACAAUUUAAUAAAAUCUGGGCAAAACUGUGACUAUCGCACCAAAGUCCCACUAGGCUCUACAUCCAUCCUGUUCAGACUACAAGUAUGGUUUAGCCUGUCCGAAACGUAUUUGCCACAGUGUUUCUCUUGCCUCUCAUAGGGCUGGGCGGUAUACUGGUUCAUACCGAAUACUGCCAUUUUUGUGCUGCACGAUAUGAAU